CAAUCCUUCGGGUGACGUCGUUUCCUCUUUGGAGGAGUUUGUUUGCCUGUUUGCUUCAGCCUUUCUCAAAAGUCCACACACAGACAAAACUUCGGCAUCAGAUGCUAGUGCAUCCAUCCAACCAUCCAUCCAUCCCUCUUUUUCCUCCUGAUUGUCCAUGUCCGUGGUGGGAAAGUCGGGACAAAUCAACCGCCCACCCCGUGUGGGAACAGACCACCAGACGAAACAAAAGACGUCCUGGCCGCUCGCGCCCCCUUCCAUACCUUUUACACGACUAAUCAUCUAUCCCUUGAAUCCUUACCUUACCUCUCCUCUCUAUUGACUGUUCUACGGAAGGAAACGUGGUUCAUUAUAGAGGACAAGGUUCAUCUCCUCCUCCUCCGCCAACGUCCUCGAGACAAAGAAAAAAGACGCGGACCCAGACCCCAAUCCCCGCUGAUCCUGAACCAGACAGGGAAGCAAGCUGACUGAGAUAUCGGUCUUUUUGGGGCACACGACAGACGACAUUGCCACUUUGUGCAACUUUUUCCAUUGCUGUCACCACCUCGGAUUGUUCUUCAAUAACGCCCAGACGACGGUUCACCAGCUCCCGCUGUUCUACGGAGUUGUUCAACAAAGCUACCUCCAGAAGAGAACCACCAGUCGCACACGGCUCCGGCCCCGCCAUCGUCAUCGUCAUCGACAUCCGGGGUGUGUACCACCACCACCACAACCAACGGGACCUCCGAACCCACGACGCCGACACCAGACCAAUUACACCAAAAGGAAGAGAAAAGAUGCCAGCCCACCACAACCUCACGAUCCGCAUCCCCCUCCCCAGCAUCCUCCCCCCCGAAGCCGUAAUCGAAACCCUGCAAUCCCAGUCCCCCGUGAUCCGCCACCAGCCCCUCGUAACCCGCUACGAAAAGGUCCCCGUCCCCCUCGCGAGCGUCGUCUCGGACGCCCACUUCCUCGAAGACGGCUCCCGCCUCGCCUGCUACAAAGUCUACGAGAAAGUCACCGUCGUCCCCGGCGUGAAGAAAGAAAUCAGUUUCCCCGCCGUGCUGCAGAAUAUCCCCAACGGCCUGCGGUCCCGCGCCGAGGCCCCCGGCGGGGUGCGGGUCUGGUCCGAGUGGCUCGUCGUGCCGAGGCCGGAGGAGCGGUGGCCCGGGGAGCACGGCGGCAAGUUGGAAGGGUAUGUGGAGGGGGACUACGAUCUCGUCGAGACGACGAGGGUGGAGACGAGUCGGAUGCUGAUGCCGCUUGUUAAGGGACAGAUGGAGGGGGCGCACCGGGAUAUGGUGCAGAAGGUGCUUGAUGAGGUUGCGCAAAAGGUUGGGAGGGCUAAGAUGUAGACGGGGCCCACCCGUCUCUGAUGUUGGAAACAGACGGCGAGGAGGAUGGGAGGGAGGGUCUGGCGUUUGGGCAAGGAAGUGCUUUUAGAUACCACAUGAUUUGUUGCGAGUUCGCUUUUCGGCAGAAGCAGGGCAUAGGAAGAUGGUUUCAGCAGAAUAUUUUGGAAAAGGGCUAGUUCAUGGCAG